GUUUGUUUUGUUCUCUGCUAUUACCAUUCUCAGUUUGCGAGGAUAUCAAUGGUAGCUGAUAAUGCUGGAGCCAAUUGCAUUAGGUCAGAGGAAGAUAUUGGUGGGAUUUUGCAUCAUCAAAGUCUCCAUCCUCCAUGGAUAUAUAGUGUUAAGCUUAUUGUUACUCUUCCCCGUGGAAGCUGCCAAAAGAACAACGAAGCAGCCAGUAGUGGUGCCUUCCACAAAUUAAGUAGCAGAGCGCAGCCUUGGUGUUAAUGGAUCUGAGAUGCAUGAGGAGAGUUGAUUUAUCCAGUUUCCAUAAAUGUUGUA